CAAACACUUGUCCGCCCGUUCGUUGUGGUGAACAACCGUCGCCAGGCUCAAGAUUUGAGCACAGACGUUCUGAGGCAAUUCAUUGCCUUACACUUCUUUGCCGUUUACGGAGAAGAGCUAUGCAGCAACGCCAUGACGAACAUAAUGCUCGAAACGACGAUGAUCAUCCAAGAGAUCAUCACUGAGGAGGGCAUUUCUCUUGCAAUGGCAUGGAGCUCAAUUGACCCUAGCAUACAAAAAAAGUAUGCUUUGAUGCUAGAGGUCAAUUGCAAAGCAUUUGAUGUUCACUUUGACCAAUGCAUCAAUUCGUGGGCAACGAGGUGGUUGUUGCAGUACAAAUGGGGCAACAAGCACCAAUUCCACAAAUGCAUAAGUCUGGAAAAGACUGAUGGCGAGGAGAAAGAAGAGGGAGAGAACACUCGUCUGAGAGUGUACAAAAGAAGACGAGCAGAAUUGUAG